GGAUUGGUGAGGCUGUGGCGUGUAGGUAGGUGGGGCAGGGGCACCAGGGCCCUCAUAACACUCAUCAUGGGGGCAUCCUUGUGCAUGCUGGUACUGGCCCUCUCGCCCCACCCUGAUGCCUCUACCACCGUAGUUCCCUGCAUGGAGUCCGCCGCAUCCACCAGGAGACAGACGACUAUACUGGUCCCAAGCACUCAGGCCUGGCACCACUAGAUGACUCGCAGCUCUCUAUGUCUGGUUACUCUGAGCAAGAAGCAGUGGAGAACCUGCAUCAGACCGUCCCUCAGCCUGCAGCUGCACCAUCAUCGUCUGGCACCUACAGUCUGCCACUGCUCUCACAACCCCAGGUUUCCCCAGCACCUGACACUCAGGAGGACACAGGCAUGGGACAAGUGGAGUUGGUGUUGCUGAAUCGUCACAAUUCUCAAACAGGUGCUGGCUACAUGCCAGCAUCUGUCAUGGCUGGUUUGGGAACCAACAAUUCUCAAGAUCCUGUCGCUGUGUAUUCUCAGUUGGCAAUGGACAUCCCUCGAAACAGAAAGGAAGGAGAACAUGUUAUGAAGGCACAGGAGACAGCAAUGACAGCUCUCCAACAUGGAUACAAACUAACAGCCAACCAGAAGAACCUCUUGGCACGCAUGGACCCCAAAGCAAAGAAAGCAGUGGAAGAGAGAGUCACCAAGAUGCGGGGAAUACAAGAGAAGGCUUAUAUGGAACACCUUCGAAUGAAGAAGCAAAUAAUCCCUCUUCAUGGUGGAGGAGAGAAAAUUAUAUCAUCACCACGCUUACAAGUGCGCUUUCCAGUGGCCUUGAAGAAGCUCAAUCCAGAGAAGUGGCCACCACAACACAGGAUAUUUCAAAAUUUGUGA